AUGCUCAUUGAAGAUCACGAGGCUCUAAAAGAAUGGCUUGUCUCAACGUUAGAACCACUUUGCGAUGCUGAACCAAUCGCAUUAGCCCGUUACGUGUUGGCUUUAGUUGGAAAAGACAAACCGUUAGAUAAAUUAAGAGAAAAUUGCAUAGACCGUUUAGAAGUCUUUUUAGAUAAAGUUACAAAAGAUUUUGUAGAUCAAUUGUUUGAUGUCAUUAAGAAUGUUAAAUACAUUCCAGAUACAAAAAAAGAAAAUGUUCAACCUUCAAUCUCUAAUGAUAACGGUGAUCAACAAGCAGAAGAUAAAAACCAAGAAUCAACAACUCCACCUACGAAUGAUCGAAACGCAACAAAUAAAAGUUCUGAAGAACAACAGCGAAUACAGUCACAAACUGAAACAAAUGCAGAUCAACCUUCUCCAAUCGUAGCACCCGAUUCACAACAAACAACAACUUUGGCUACACCACAACAACCUCAACCCAGUCAAUCAUAUAAAAGACGUCAUCCGUCGUACCAUUAUCGUUCUGGUUCGGAUCGUCGUGGUUAUUCACCUCGUCGUCACACAGGUGGUUCGUCAUCGCGUGACCAUCAUUCAUCAUCGUCUUCGUCACGUCGACGAUUUCUCUCACCAUCUUCUGGUCAACAACGUCAACGUUCGCUUUCUCGUAGUGUCUCGCCACGUUCGCCGCCACCAAAACGUACACAACGAUCAUAUUCACGUGGUUCAUCCACAGGUUCCUCCACUCGAUCAACACCCACACCACCACCAGCAUCGUCAACUGCCACAAAUUUUCUCUACAAAAAAAUUCCAUGCCAAGAUUUUUUUGAAAAUAAAGGUUAUUGUGCAUUAGGUGAUUCAUGCCCGUAUGAUCAUGGUACCAAUGCGGUUGUUAUAGAAACACCAACGCCACCUAAUCAAUCAACAAGUGGAGCUCCAUUUUAUCCACCUUAUCCGCCACCGUAUCAUAUGCAGCCACAUUAUGAACCGUACGAUCCUCAAGCACCCGAUCUCAAUGUCAAACAUCCACCACCGCCACCCGUUUCACUUUUCUUUAGAAAUCCUCAACAACCAACACAACAACGAAUGGUGGGACCUCCAUUGCCCCAACAACAACAAAAUCAACAACGGGAACGAUCAUUGGUAACCGUGGUGACAAAUGCUGAGCCGAUGCCGUUGGAACAACGAGGAAGAUAUGUUGUUCUACCCGGUGGUCAUGGACAUGGUCCAAAGCGUCAAGUAAUUACUGGUCCAUAUCCGGAACGUGGUCAACAUCAUCCACAAUCACAGCAAGACUCUCGAAAUGAUUCGUCGAAUGAAGGCAAUCAUCAUCAUCAACAACAACAACAACAACAACAGCAACAGCAACAACAACAACAGCAGCAAAACAAUCAGAAUAGUGGCGGAUUUCAGCGUGGAUGGAAACGACGUAUGGGAGGUAAUGACGGGGGCCAAUCAAAUUCAUUAACAUUAGAAAUACGUAAAAUUCCACCUGAGUAUAAUACAAUAACGAAAUUAAAUGAACAUUUUAGCAAAUUCGGCACAGUAGUCAACGUUCAAAUUGCAUAUGAUGGCUCACCUGAUGCUGCUUUGGUCGCAUAUCAAACGUUAAAAGAGGCUGAAACAGCCUACAAAAAUCCACAACCGUUGUUCAAUAAUCGAUUUAUUAAAAUAUUUUGGCACAAUCCAGCGAAUAAAAAUGUUUCAAAUCCGCAGGGUAAUUCGCACCUUCAAAAACAUUCUCUGGAUGGUCCUCCAGGUAAACGUCAGUUGACAACAACAUCGGUAACAACACCUUCAGGCAUGGAAAAUCCAAUGAAAACACGAUGGAAUAAACUUCAACAACAGCAACAAACGAAAUUAACUGUUCCACAAGAUAAAGGAGAACAAUCGGUGCCAACUAUUCGUUCGUCGAAUGAACCGGCAACUGAUAUUCCAACCACCACUCAAAUCAACAAGGCACCCACUACUCCCACAUUAUCAACGAGUACGGCCACUGUCUCAAAGAAAGAUGUGGUUAAAAAGAACGUUGAAAUUCGUCGCCGUCAACAAGAAUUGUUGGAAGAACAAAUUCAACAACAAAAACAGUUAUUAAAAAAAUUGGAGAUUACUGAAUCCACCGAAGAAAAAGAGACGAUUUUAAAACUGAUGAAACAAUUCGAUUCAACGAUUUGUAUUCUCAAAGAUUCAUUAUCACAUCCAAAACAAAAAACAGCAACUGUAACACCGGCUAAACCAACUGUGGCUACAAGUGGAGAUGAAAAAUUAGUAAAGACAAGUUCGGCAUCUUCGGCUGUUCCACCUGCUACCGCUACUCAACAAGACGUUUUACAACAACGUGUUCAAUCAUUGCAAAAACAAAUUGAUUCUCUUCGAGCUAAAACAUCGGAUAAUAUUCGUCGAGCCAUUCUGAAUCAGCCAUCACUCUCAUUAACGAAUUUAGCUGUUCCAUCAACAGCAAUAAUAAACAAAAGUAAUGAAGGAGAAAAAGAUGGCACAUCAGCUCAAGGAUCUACAUUGUCUUCAGUAAUCGAAAAGAAAGGUGCCUCAGCAACAUCAAUGAAAUCGUCAACAGAAGAUGUUAUUCGUUUUGUGCAAUUGCGACAAAGACAAGUGCAAUUGGGUGCUAUUAAAAUUCAACGUGAUGACAUUGAAGAUUCAUUAAUUGUAACAUUUCAAAAAAAAUCGGAUGCAGACACUGCUCUUCAAUUUGGUUUAACAUUUAAAGAACGUCCUUUACAUAUUUCGUGUUAUAUGGGACCAUCGGCUCAAUCAAUCGAAGAAAAGAAGAAAAAACAUCAACGGACACUAUCGGAGACAAUGGAAGAUGAACUAUUAGGUACACAAUCAACUGAAACACCCGAAAUAAUACCGACGAAGACAUCAACUGGAGAAGCAUCCGCACAAAUAUCGCGUAAUGCUGGUGAUAAUCAGAAUAAUAAUGCAAGUGUCGAAAAUGAAGAACAGCUAAUUGAUUAUAAUGUAGAUGAUGAUGAAGAUGAUGAAGACAUUUUAUUAGGCUCAAUUAGUAAAGAAGAUGCUACAUUACCGUCGCCACCUUCAUCAAAAACUAAUAAAAAGCCGAAAACAAUAAUCACAACAAGCGCUGCUACUGCAGCAGAGAUAAGCGAUGAUGAAGAAAACGAACUUGAAACAUCAACAUCACAAUUUGAGCCUAUUUUAGAUUUGGAUGACGAAGAUGAAGAACAAUUAUUAAGAAGUUAA